GGGAGAGAGUGUCGUUGCACCAUAGAAUUUGCGCCUUGCGUGUUAAAGACAGGUGACUGGAGUCCUGGCCUGGUAUGUAAGUUGAUCUGUGCACGUACCUUGUUCUUCUGAAGAUUUGGGAGCCGAACAAUUUCGGAACAGUAACAGGGCACUCGUUUCUCUAUGCAACUCGAUCGAGGUGUCUCUUACGUGAGGGUGGCACGUCUAUCGGUAGCCUCGAGGUCAACAGCUAUAAAAGCCGCAGUAUCCUCAAGACGACUCCUUCAUUUCACCACAGCUCUACUAUCCUCCAAAAGAGAUGCCAGACAUCACUAUCAUCAACGACUUCAAUGAAGACAUCCAUGUAGCUUUCUUCAUAGGUGUCCCUACCAACUGGAAAAAUCACCUCAAGCCCGGAGAACGCUGGACGGUACACCUGGCCAGCCUCCCACUCCAUUUUGAAGCGCGUCGGGUGCAGUGUAAUGAUUUCGAUGCAGGGACUGUUUUGCGCAGUUGCGAGUUCAGCUGUGAUGACUCUAGGGAAAUGCUAAGAACUAUUGGAGUUGCUUGCGCUGCUGGCACUGCCUCGGUAGUUUCGGUAGGUUACGCUUUCCGUGCUGGCCAGAUACAUAGAGCCCCCGCGAUUGCGGGCACUUCCAUAGCUCCAUUGUCACUCAUGGCUGCCGCGUGUGCUGGUGGUGCAAAAUACAAUACUUGGUGUGCAGAUAUGAGGCUCUGUACGGCGAGAGUGUGGGUGCCAUUCCGGAACAAGGAGUAUUCCGUCAGGAUGGUUGAAGGCAGGGGUUGUGUUCUCUGGGAUGUUAAUGACCAUAAGCCGGUCUGAUAACUAUACGCCCUUCUCGACAGUGCUUUUGUUUUUGAGUCUUAUGCGUAGCCCCUAAAAGUCAGCUGCCCUACUUUGUAACUUAUCUCUCCAACGAUCUACGCAUAAUAGCAUUGAUCAUGAUAUCCACGGGAUCUCGCAUUCA